AUGGCCAGGGUAAUAUGGAGCAGAAGUGAGAUGGAGCAUCUGGCGUCAUGGAGGUACUGCUCACUCCUUGAUUGGUGGGAGGCCGCAUUUGAGGAGAUGGAUGAGGAGGCGGUGAGUAAGUUCUUCACGCUAUGCUGGGAGAUUUGGGGGGCGCGAAACAAAGUUGUAGUAGCCAACGGGGUGUUCGAACCUGAUGGUACGGUGGAAUAUGCGAUGAAGGUUAGCAAGGAGUUCUGGGAGGAGUACAUGUCAGGCAAGUCGCGAGGUAGGGGGGUUGGGAGUAGUCACCAAACUGAAUGGAAGCCACCUGAUGAAGGAUGGGUUAAGGUAAAUGUCGAUGCGGGUUUGCUGGGGGAAAUGGGGUCAGGCUUGGGGGCGGUGGUUCGCAAUGCCUCGGGAGGGGUGGAACGCUGUGCCGUGAGUCAAGGAGUAGAGAGGUGGGAUCCCCUAAUAGCUGAGGCGAAGGCAGUGAUGUUGGGGCCGCAGCUAGGUGCGGAGUUGGGGGCUCGGAAAAUCAUUGUGGAGAGUGAUUGCUUGGUCUUGAUCAACGCAUUACAAGAAGGAGCUCCAGGAGCUGGCAGCCUUGGUUUGAUGCUCGAAGAUAUCUUUGAUUCUUGUUCUUCUUUUGAUAGUGUUAGAUGGUCAUUUAUUAAGCGUGUUGGCAACCAGAUCACUCAUAAUCUUGCUCACCUUCAACCAUGGAGUUGGGAGCUUAGAGUAUGGGAGGAUGAGUUCCCAAAUUGUGUUUUGCUUGAUGCUAGUUCUGAUCUUUUAAUAUAA